GAUCCAUGGCUCUGCUCACUGGCAGCCAUUUUGUAAGUCACGCCUACCGGAAACGGUGUCUGCACCUGCACCGACAGCAGAACCGAAAUCGGAGGAAUCCCUGUCGAGGCUCGACACGUUUCUCUCGACUCUCCCACUUCCAUCCCGCUCACCACCGUUUCCAUUCCGUUUCCUCUGCGGGUCGCGCGCCUUUUCACGCCGCCGUGUCGGAGGACUGAUCGCUGGAGCGUGGGCGGAUUUUACAGAGAGGGAGGAAGGGCAGGUCCCUCACCACCACCACCAUCAUCAUCAUCAUCAUCACUUUCACUCCCUUCAUCAUUUCCAAACAUCAUCAUCAUCAACGCGACGAGGCGUGUCUGCGCUCACUAGAAACAUACCGCAACACUAAACCAGCAGCAGCAGCAGCAGCAGCGGCGGCGGCACCGAACAAAAUGAAUCGCAUUAACCGCACGCCGAGCCCGGACGCCGUUUGAUGUAGCACGUUUUAUUAUUUAUUUAUUUUUUGAUCUGGAAAUUUCUCGACUUUGUUGGGAGUGCGAACGAGCACUGCGGCCUUGCAUCCAUCUGAAUGAACGAUGCGGACUUUACCAGCACCCUGAUUUAGCACCGCAUUUCCCACGGAUGACCGUUUCACCACACCAAACAGCGUCUCUUUUCUCCGUUCUGUGUGUUUUUAUGGGAGUGACGGAUAGCUAGUAGCCGGGAUAAAAUGUGGAAGUGGAGGCGGCUGAUGCGGUUGUCCAACCGCUCCUUAAUGGCCUUCAUCUUUUUCUUCUCCAUGUCCACGACCUGCCUCUACUUCAUCUAUGUGGCUCCUGGAAUAGUCAACACAUAUUUCUUCAUGGUACAGGCUCAGGGUAUCAUGUUACGAGACAAUGUGCGGACCAUUGGUCACAUGAUCAGGCUAUACACCAAUAAGAACAGCACUCUCAACGGCACAGAUUAUCCUGAUGGAAAUAAUUCUAGCGAGUAUAUCGCUCAGCCAACCACAUACCUACCUGAGAACUUCACAUAUGCUCAGAACCUGCCCUGUCCCGAACGAUUACCUUCUAUGAAGGGUCAGAUGGAAGUCAACAUGACGGAGGUUCCUAUGGAGGAAAUCGAACUGAGGCUCAAACGUCUGGACAUUCGAUUUGGAGGCCACUGGAAGCCCAAAGAUUGCAAACCACGCUGGAAGGUGGCCAUACUAAUCCCUUUUAGGAAUCGCCAUGAGCAUCUUCCCAUCCUCUUUCAGCAUCUCGCCCCUAUGCUCCAACGCCAACGCUUGCAGUUUGCCUUUUAUGUCAUUGAACAGGCGGGUACUCAGCCGUUUAACCGUGCCAUGCUGUUUAACGUGGGCUUUAAAGAGGCCAUGAAAGACCUGGACUGGGAUUGUGUGGUGUUUCACGACGUCGAUCACAUCCCAGAAAACGACCGUAAUUACUACGGCUGUGGUCAGAUGCCUCGACACUUUGCCGCCAAACUCGACAAGUACAUGUACAUCCUUCCCUACAAUGAGUUUUUCGGUGGAGUAAGUGGACUUACUGUCGAACAAUUCCUCAAGAUCAAUGGCUUUCCCAAUGCAUUCUGGGGCUGGGGUGGAGAGGACGAUGACCUCUGGAACAGGGUUCAUUACGCAGGUUUCAAUGUGACCAGGCCAGAAGGUGAUAUUGGCAAAUACAAAUCUAUCCCCCAUCACCACAGAGGAGAAGUGCAGUUCCUGGGGAGGUACAAGUUGCUGAGGUACUCUAAAGAGCGACAGCAUCUAGACGGCUUGAACAAUCUGCAGUACUCUCCGGAGAUCUCUCUGAGCAGCCUGUAUAAGAACAUCACGGUCAAUCUGAAUCCCGAGCUCGCCCCCAUAGCAGAAUACUGACAGGCUUCGCCCCCUCGGCGUGACCCCGAGUCAGAAAAUGUGAUGCCAAAUGCCCUUAAAAACAGGAGUGAAGAGGGCAAAGGCCUGUCUAAUGCACAGUUAGUUGCGUGACGUGAGUGUGUGUGUGUGUGUGCGUGUGUACGAUUACUGGAUCAUAUCUGUGAAAGUGUAUUCGCGUGACUGCGUGUUCAAUUGCAUGUUCCUGUGUCCAUGCUGGCUUUAGCAAAUCAGAUCACAACACAUUUUAAAAAAGGUGGGGAGUGCCAGCAUCAACAAAUCAGAUGUUUACUGCGAAGCCUUAAUUGAAUUUUAUAGGCUAUAAAACUCUGUAGAUCUACAUUAUAGAAAGCUUGGUUUUACAUUGCAACAGCACUCUUGACGCCAAUAGACAUUUUGUCAUGUUCUGUUAGUAUAAUUUUUUUAUACAUAUCGUUUUUUUUAAAAAGAAGACGUCAAUACAGUUUAAAUGGAUGUAUUUUAAAUCUGUCCCUCACCUUUUGUUCUUGUAUUACAAUAUACAUUUCACCUUGGUGGUGUGCUACAGUUUUAUUUUUCCCCCAAUUCCAUGGCUAAACAGAAGGCUGUGACAAGUUGCAUGCAUGGCCCUGACUCCCUUGUACAUAACUGGCCUUUUAAACAAUGCUUUAGCUUUGUCCCCCCUCAAAAGACGCCUGUGAUUCCAGUGGAAACACUCUUCUUUUUGGCAGCUAAUUGUUGUUUUUGACUUAUUUUUUAUUUUUUUCUUCAGUGGUUUGGGACACAUGACUGCCGGUCAAAAAAUAUCAGUGACUGUAGAAAGCAAACAAAAAAUCAAAAACGAAAUACAGAUAUCAUUACCUGCUGCAUGCCUUAAUUUAUUUUUUGCUAAAUGCUUAUUUUGUGUCUUAAAGAAUUUUAUUUUUUAGUCAUAUUGAAUUUUUUUUCGUCUUUGCUUUUGUUAAUAGCAUAAUCAUUCUCAUGUCUCGUUUUUGAAAUGCACUCCACGGUAGUGAAAGAUGUGACUGAAACGGUGUUUAGAAGACAGGUCGUUCGCAGGAUAACCUGUUGGUCAGUCAGGUUCGCAGCUGCUAAAGCCAAAAUGCCCUUCGCAGGGUUUGGCAUGUGUCUCAACCUGUGUGUUUUUGUCUGUUCGUGUGUGUAGCUCUCAGUAUGAAGUACUGGGUGACGAUGCACUCCUGUAGGGCCAAGAUGAGAGAGCGACGUCGCAAGUUGCUCUUGAAUGGCAUUCGGAGUACCCUUGGGCCAUGACGACUUUAUGCUGUUAAAGUUUUGAGCAUUACAAGCUGUUGGUAUAUGUUUGCCUUUUGUAUAUAUUUUUAUUUUUUUGGAGUUGUUGAUGUACUUUAGUUUUUUUUUUUUGUGUAAAUUUUAAGUUAUCAUAUUAAUGUCCUAAAACUGCUAUGUCAUAUCCUCUCAUGCUGUCUGUGUGCGUGUGUUGUAUGUAUGUAUGUAUGUGUGUGUGUGUGUGUGUGUGUGUGUCCGUCCACUCAGAAUUACACAUCGAGGGUGAUAUUUUGUCAGCAGCAUGGUUUGCGACAUUAACUGGACUUUCUGACACUUGAAGUUGAGACACUUACAGUUCACAAAAACGCUUUAUUGCUCCUGCUUUCGAGGCUUUUUGUAGGUUCUUUCCAUCCGCAUGUCUCUGAAGUGUAGUUGAGCCAUGGCAUCUCUGAGGUCCUCUGCUUGCUUUGUCUUUUUCUGAGUGGAUGAUUUCUUAAACCCUAGUAUGGUCUUUUCCCAUUGAUGGUGACCCCGACGUGAUCUCCAGUGCCCAGUCUGUUGUUUACAGUCUCCUCUUAAACCAUCAGACUCGCAGUUGGGUCUAACCAGACCCGUUUACUGUGGUUACGGGUUACAAUAACAUUUGAACAACUCGGAUGAGGAAUUGAAGAAUUCUGUCAUUUUCCGAAAUUAACUGAAUAUAAUAUACAUAAAUGGAGGUUACUGGUGCCAAAGUCCGCUUUUCCUCAUUGAUCACCUCCUUUUAACUCGUUCAGCAUUGUGUGGUAAAAUGUAGCUCUAGGACUUUUCAAGCCAGUCACUUUGAAGAUCUGCAAGUGUUUUUCGGUAUGCGUGAAGCGAGUUUGUUUACGAGUUUGUGUCAUAUGCAGUCUAGUGUGAGAGGAUUGCAUUAGGCUAUAGAAUGAAGGCUGAAAAAACCCUCCCCUCGCUUUUCCAUUGCACGGGGCCAACAAAUUUACAUAAGCAAAGUUUAGGCAAAGUUGGCAUCCAAUGUGGGAUGCUAAGCUGUUGUUUUACACCCUGUGUUCAUGUUGAAGCAGCUGGUGAGAUUAAUAGGUGUUGUUUAAUGUAGAAAUAGAGGCGUUUUAGACUGAUUAUAGGCUUUCAAAGAGGGGAAGUGUGGCUUACAGGUACUAGUUUCCAAAUGCUCAAUUAAACAAGUAUCAUUCCAUCUUCACAGUGCACUGUUUUCUUGUUUUGCAGGCAGUAGGCUGCACUAUCAUGUGCUAACGGAGUAAAGAAAUGGUCUUGUGCUGCAAUACGGAGUCGGAUAGGCCUGUUAUGGAUUGUGUUAAUCAUUAGCUUGCAAAACGCUUUUAUUUGGUUACACAGAUGGGUACUGAACGUUACACAUUGUUCUUAAAGUGUGGUGGGUUGCAAUAUGAAUAUUGAAUGUUAAGUUGAUUUGAAUUUUAUUUUUUAUUUAUUUAUUUUUGUUUUGUUUGUGGUGGUGAAUGUGGUCACGCCCCAUUCCCCUGAUAUGAAAUGUGCUUUUUUUAAUAUUAUGGGAAACAUACUGGUGAGACUGCUCUGGUGUAUUUGGAUCUGGUGGUUAAUCAGUUGUAACUUUUGAGGGAGCUUUGUUCAGUGCUGUCAUUUGUCUCCUAAUUUAAGGUCCAUCUCAUUUUCCACCCCAAAACCAACUCCUCUCAUAGCUGCCCCAUCCUGUUCAGCUGUCAUUUGAAAAUAUCCAGAAGAAACAAUAGAUAGAAAAUUUAAAAAGAUGAUUUAUUCACCAUUACAUAUCUGUAAUGUGUAGAGUGUUCAACUUUUGCAGUAUUCAUAUUUGUGCCUUGAUUUUUUUUCUUUUCAAUUUCACAUUGUUGAGAUGUGCAGUGGGGUGUGUGUGGAUGGUGUUUAAAAUUAGAAUCGGGAGCACAUUUACAUUUUUCUUUAACAGUUUAUUUCAAUCUGGAGCUGUCUAUAAAUCUAAAAUGUCUGCUAGUCAUUCAGUGGGAACUAAAAAAAAAACAUGAGGAUAUUCUCCUGUGUUUGUUUCUCCAACGUUGAGGGUCCACUUUAACUGUAACACCAGUAUGAGAAGCAGAAUGUCUUGAGAUGCCAGCUGCUUUGACUGACAUGUACAAUCCUGGUUCCAGACUUUUGUUUUGUUUUUUGUUUUUGUUGUACCGGUCUGUUCACUGCGUUUCACUCUGUAAUGAUCAUUAAAAGACUUUAUAGUUGAAAACUUA